AUGCGUCAUUCUCGAAAAUCCAAGCGCGAAAUGAAAACUUCUAGAGAUCUUCUUGAUUUUAUCAUAGAACUUUGCGAUGGUUACAAACUUGAAGUAGAUCCAGAGAAUUAUUUACGCGAAAAAAUAAAUGCUUCUCAAUUUUCAGAUGAAGAAGAGUUCUUGGCAGUUGAGAUUUUCUCUGGAAUGGCGCAGUUCAAAUCAAUUCUUCGGAAAAUCUCUGAGCUUCUGUUCUCUUUGGAAGCGAAUUUCUUCAAAAAAGAUCGAACAAAACUAGAAGUGAUCGGCUAUUUAUGCAUUUUCAACGCGGAAGUAGCAGAUUUGAUCUUUCAAUGGCUCGGAACUUUGAAGCAAGAGCAAGGCAUUGCCUUUUUGGACAUUUUUCUUGAAGAAAGCUAUUUGAAGAAACUCAAGAAUGGAUGGAUAAGAAUAAUGGACAAGCAAUUUGUCGAACAAAAAUUGAUUCAGCCGAUCAAGAACAGUCGAAGAAUUUAUCAAGGGAUUCAGCAAAGACUUAUCAAAAAGUCACAAUCGAAUGGAACUUUCAUUAAAAAAGCUCCGACAAAGCCAGUCCCCUUCUCCCGAAAUUUGAACAAAUCUGUCCCUCUGGAAAAGGAAGAAGAAGUUUACGAAAGCCGCACUUUCCGAACAUCGAUUCCAGCAACAACAUACGAAACUCCCGAAAAUCUUCGCGGGAGUUUCGUUCGUGAAAAAGAGCACGAACGCCUCGUCCGAAUUCAGGAGAAAACUAAAGAGAGUGAUCUCAAUGCUUUUUCUUGCGCAUAUGUCGACAAGAGCGACAAGACAAAAGAGCGAAUGCGGUUGAUUUUUGUCGAAGAGCAGCGGAAAUUGGAUUUCAAUCGAAAAUUCGCGCAACCUUCGCCCGAUUUUCCAGAGCCGAAGAAUAAGAAUAAAGAGAAUGCGGCUAGCAUUCUCAGGGCGGGGGAAAUUAUCACGAAAAAAGAGACAGAAAAUCUCCGAAAACUAGAAAUUCUUCUUCAGGGCGGGGCUGAUGAUUUACCUUUCACGGAAUGGCAAGAAAAAAUGCUCGAAAAAGACCGAGAAGAACAAGAAAAUCGGCUCGAAGAAAACAUUCUCGAUGCAAAACUUUCGCGCGAAAUGGCGGUUCUGAAUCACCUGAAAGAAAUUCAACGAAAACACGAUCUUGCAGAUGAUCUGAGAAGAGAAUGGCAAGAGCUUCUCGAAGAAAAGUCAGCGAAAACGGCGAAAGAACGGAAAAUUAUUGCUCAGCGGAUUCAAGAAAUAAUUGAAGCGAAUAAGAACCUGGCAAAUAUAAGAGAACGCCUUGAGCAAGAAAAACACAAAAUCGCAGCUGAAAUCCGUCAACACCGAGAAGAACUUUUUGCCGAAAAAGCGCAACGAGAAGCUGCGGAAAUGGAAGCAAAGAAGCAAUUGAUAUCGAAAAUCAAGGAUUUCCAGCGCCGCGCCCUCGAAGAUCGCCAAUACAAGCUCCAAGUUGAUUUAAUUUCAAGCGCUGGUCAUGGAUUGCUCGACGAAAUGUCCAUCGUUGAGUUGCAGGAAAGACUUUCGAUUCUCCGCGAAGAAUUAAAGAGAAAAGAGGAAGAAAAGCGCGAAGAAAUCGGGAAAAUCAAGAGCGACCGAGAAGAUCUUCUGGCACAAACGAUGGAGAAAAUUGCAAUCUAUCAAAAGGCGAAAAAACAAGAACGCGAUUUCGCGAAUUCGACAAGAAACAGUUCUGUAAAAAGGACUUACUGUAAAAGCGCACGGGCAAAAGAUCUAGAAUCGCGGCUCGCAGCUGCUAGGGCGCAGAGAAGCCAACUUUGUUGA